AUGCACACACAUUUCUUAAAAUCACAAGUUGGCAAUGAUAAACUAAAAAAGGAGGGGGAGGAGCAGGAGCGCGCGGCCUCUGCGCUACCUUUCUCCAAACAACGUUGCCACACGCGGAGGGAACUGAGAUUUCUGGGGCUUUGGAGAGAAUCGCGGGCGGGCGGGCGGGCGAGCGGCUGUCGGGGGACCACACAGGUGAGCCCCCGCCCGCGCCCUAUCUGGGGCCGCGGCGGGCGCCGCCAGCCUCGCUCCCCGCACCCGCCGAUCCGCACGGUGGCUCUCCCCAAUCCCACACUUUCCACCGCUGAACCCGGGGGCCCCCUCCUCCUCGCCUCCUCCUCCACCCUAACCCCCGGCUGCCAGGAGCUGUUGCACUUUCCCAAGCCCAGAAGCGCCCCAACCUCCGCGCUGCACCCCCAACCCAUUCACUGCGCGCCCCCCCUUGGGGGGGAAAAAAAAAGGAAACCGGACGAGCCGAAAAGGGGGGCAGCGGGAGUCGGGGCGAGAAGGAAAGGUGAGGGAGAGGCGACUUACUUUUCGAGGCGCGGUGCUGAGCGCUGCAGGCGAGAAAUAAAGGCCCGGAUCCGGGCUGCCUGGAAACCCGCGGAUGCAGUGGUGUCAGCGCUCCAGUCCCGGCGGCGUUGGCGGUGGCGGCCGCAGGGGACGGGGACGGGGACGGGCGCGCGUGCGGCGGGCGCGGCUCGGCUCGGCUCGGCGGGCGCUCGCGCUGCGCUCCAGCUCGGGCCCCGGCUCCGCGCGGCUCCGCUCCUGGCUCUCCUCUGGCUCCUGGCACCAACUCCGGGCAGUCACAUGACACCGGCGCCGCUCGCUCUGCGAGCCUCCCAGGGCUGGCGGGGAAAGUUUCUCCUCCUUGUGUGAUGAUGGACUGAGUUACGAAGGCAGAAAAGUGUCACGUGCUUGUGAAAUUAUGAUCAACACAGACACAUCUACCCUAAAGGAAAACAAAAGUUGAACAGUUGAAAUAGUCAAACUCAAGAUGGCUAGCAAUACACUAGGACAUUGUUCUGCAGAAAAGUCAGUUGAUGUGAUCGCCAGGAUGAACCAUACCCUCUUGCGACGCAAGCUGCUUCAGACAGUGCUCUACGCAUGGUUGACAUGAUGUAAACCGGAGGCCUGCUUCCCUGGCUACAGCGGACUGAACAGAGAAUUGAUGCUUGACCCCAAGGCAGUUGUACCUGGGAUGUCCAGUAGCCAAUGAGACUGGCUGAUGCAAGAACUCCACCCAACGUGGUCACUGUAUCCUGGAUGAUGACUGGCCAAUCAAACAAAGCCUCUUUCACACAAUUUGAAUUUGAGACCUACCGGGGGGACUAAGCCAAAAGGUUGGGCAGAAAUGGGCAGACACCCAGAGAGGAGUCCAAAAGUCCUGUCUACACGGCAGUGGGGGCCACAACAAAACAGGAGCAAUGGAGUAGAGAAAAGAAAUACAGACAGUAUGUGGCAGUACAAGCAGAGAAAGCAGAGGCAGAAUGUAGCUGAGUCACCAUAUUGGCAGAGCAAUAGAGAGGGAACAACAGAUGCCCACUGCUGAAGCAGUGUCAAGAAAAACAGGUGGCUGGAGGUAUACUAUGUCCUGAGUGACAUUCCCAGCUCCGUCAGGCAGCUGCUAAAACUGCUUCCUGCUCUUCCCCACUUCCUCAUGUAUCCUUACAACGCAUCACAUUCACCCAAGUCACCAGAGCACGUCUCUUUUCCUGGCAACCUGAAAGAGCCUGGUCAACAGCACGUAAUAUUCAUAUCUCUAUUAUGGCACGUAUCAGGUGGCAUUAUGAUGAUUCGUUUUUGGGAUUCUCCCUGACUAAACUCCUGAGGUCAAGGACCGUGUUCUAUGCCUUUUUAAAACACCCUCAGCAACUAGGACAUACAUUAUGACGUAGUGUGUACAUACUAAUUGUUUCAUGAAUGAAUGACUGGUGAGGAGUAUGAGUGUGCAUGUGGCCAAAACAGCCUUCAAAACACAGGGAGCUCAAUUAGAGAACAU